GCUACUCUUGACAUCCCGUUAACAUUAACAAUAAGGUGUAGUGUGCUAAAUUAUGGCAGAAAUCUAAUUUGUCAGAGAAAAAUAACCACACGUAAGCAGAUUUGGCCUCUGUAGGCUAUCCGAGAUGCAUAUGCAGCGCGCCUCCAAAUGACCACUGAGGGAGCUAAAAGCAUAUUUAUGAAAAUACUAGCAAACAAAAAAGGAAGUGAUCUCAGCAGUCUUAAUUUCCUGUUCUGAGAGAGAUUUGUUCCUGUUAACAAUUGCUAUAAGGACCUCAAACAUUUUUUGUAGAUUUGUUUUUCCAACAAACUUGUCUCUUCACGGCAGAACCUAAUGCAAUUCUGCAGAUCAAGAAUUAAAAAUGUAGCCACCUAAGUAGAAAUUACUUAGGUUUCUGUGGACUGCCCAAGAUUGGAAUAAAAAACAUCGGCAAGUAAGCUGGAUGCCAUGGACAGCUCGGUCACCCUGUGGCAGUUCCUGCUGCAGCUUCUCCUGGACCGGAGCCAGGAGCAGCUCAUCUGCUGGACCAACCAGGAGGGCGAGUUUAAGCUGCUGCAGGCCGAGGAGGUAGCCAAGCUGUGGGGCGCGCGCAAGAACAAACCCAACAUGAACUAUGACAAGCUGAGCCGGGCCCUGCGCUAUUACUACGAGAAGAACAUCAUCAAGAAAGUGAACGGGCAGAAGUUUGUGUACCGAUUCGUCUCCUACCCAGACAUCCUGAAGGGGGAGCCGCUGAGCCGGGCCGAGGGGGCAGGGGAAGGGGGUCUGGGCGGGGCCUUGCCCGUGAUGGACAGGAGCCCCAGCGGCCAGCUGAAGGAGAAGGAGAACAAGAGCGGAGUGUUGGAGAGGGCCGGAGGGGCCGGGGCCGGCGGACAGGGCAAAACCACCGGCCGGAACGACUACAUCCACUCGGGUCUGUACACCACCUUCACGCUGACCUCUCUGCAGUCCGGCACGCAGCUCUUCAAGUCCAUCAAGAUGGAGAACCCGGGCGAGAAGCUGGCGGAGAAGAAAGGAGCCCAAGAGGUUCAGAUAUAUCAGCCACAGCAGCAGUCCUCCUCCCCGUCUGUCAUCCGGUUCGGGACCAUCCCAACCAGCCGGUCAUCUGCAUCCGCCGCAGCCGACAAGCCCCCGUUGGGGUCUCCCACGCAGACAAUGGUGCAUUCCCUCCAAGCCCCACCACUGGCGGCCGGUGACGUGGAUGUGACUGGCAGCCAGAUGGCUAUGCCUCAGACGACCGGUGCAUUUGAGGAGACCCUGGCCACCAGCUCCCAGAUACCAGUAUUCAGCCUGGUGGGGCUCAACUCCCGCUCACCCUCACCCAGCGCGCUGCAGGACUCCACCCAGGAGCUGGUGAUCGACAGCGACAUCGAAUCCAUCUCCUCCCAGCCAUCAGAGAUUUCGCUACAGAGCCAGUCCAUCUCCAGUGUGUUCUCGAGCACAGGACAGGGGAACGAGGUGCAGCUCUCUCCAGCCCGCAGCCAGAGCGGAAAGCUCCGCAAGCCCAAAGGCCUGGAGCUGAUGCCCACGCUGGUGGUGACCAGCUCGGACCUAAGCCCCAUGGGCCUGUCCAGCCCCUCGCUGCCCACCGCCUCGCUCACACCGGCUUUUCUGCAGACUCCCACGCUGCUGCUGACACCGAGUCCUCUGCUGUCCAACAUCCACUUCUGGAGCACACUCAGUCCAGUCGCCCCUCUCAGCCCCGCACGCAGACAGGGCCACCACACACUGUUCCAGUUCCCCUCCGUGCUCAACACACAGUUCACCUUGCCAGUACACAGCCUGGACGGCACCACCACCCCCGGGCCACUCUCGCCGGACCCCCCAAAGACAUAAGCCCCGCUCCGCUCCGGCCCCAUCCGCAUCACCCACGCCAUCUCUCACCGCCCAGGCCUCUUCGCUCUCCAUUUUUUUCCUCACGUCCAAAAUCUGUUCCCGUCUGAAAACCAAAAUCAGGGGCCUGCGUUUGCUGUCGCAAUUUGUCGUUUGUUUUGUUUUUCUAAGGUGAGGCUCGAUAGCGGAAUGUUUCCACUGUUGGAUUACGAUUGCUGAAGAUGGGGUGGGGAGGACCAGGCUCUUAUCCUGUUGUGUUUCCCGCUCUUGGAAAUGCUCAUCGCCAAGCAGGCUCCACCCUCAGGAAAAGCUCAGACGCACGAGCUGAAAGGGAGCCUGGCCAGUGGUGAAGCUGCUGCGUCACAUGACCACGCACCAAUCAGGCCUCUCUGUCCGCUAACCAAUGGCAAGGCCUCAUGUGGAUGAUGUAAGGAUUGUCCUUUUAAACUUUUACUGGUGUAAUGUUGAACUUCAAGUGCCCUUCAUGGAUGCGGCUGGGCUGAACUUCUUGUAAUGAAUAUUCUUUUUUUUAAACAUGUUUUUUAACAUGUGUCCUAAGUAUGUGCUCUGUGAUGACUCAGCCUGACCAACUAUCGAUGCCUAUUUGCUCGCUCUGUUAACCUUAUGUAAUAUGUUUUAGGAGAGUUCGCCCCAAGAUGGCCUCAUAGUUGAAACCCUCCGACCUAAUUGUGACCUUCUCUCGUCUGCACCUUUCUGCAAAAAUUGCUUGGGCUACUCAGUGUUGUGACAGCAAUCUGAGAUUAACUGGUGUUAAUGCCAUCAGUGUCUCGCCACAAAUUUGCCUGUAGUAUUACAUUAUUACAAAAUUACAUUUCCCACUGUUAGGCAGGAGUUCACCGAACGGGCAACUUGGAUAGAUAAUCCCCUGUAAAAUACUGUAAUGGGCUAUGAGGAGUCCUGACAAGUCGAACUGCCUUCAGAGCUCAAUGGGCUCCUGUAUCCUUCUAAGCCUCCAUUAACGGUUUUCAUUUUUGAAAGUUAAUGUGACUCACAGAAGAAGGGAAAGUCUAGAACAAUUUGCACUCAGAGGCAGCCCCAGCUGGGGAUAACUUGGGACGGCCAAGGCUGUUGACGGCACAGAAUUGUAUGAACAUACCGCAUGUCACCCAUUGCUUGGUAAUCCCACGGAGGUAUUUCUAAGUGCAGUGGCAGGUAGUUUCUUGGUGUUUUAUGCCCCCAACGUUGUCUUCAAGGCAUCGCUGACUGGAAGGCACUAGGGUUAGGCAUGGGUUAAGGUUAGGGUUGGGGUUAGAUUUAGGAUUAGGUGCCUUUAAGUCAGCGGUGACAACGUUGGGGGCAAAAACACCAUCGAGCUGGCAGGUAUCCAAGACGGCUGACCAUAGGCAGUAAUUCAUCUUUAUUGGUUUCUGACAUGGACAUUUCUAGACGCCUGUUUGAGUGCACACCUUCUAACAUUGACAUUUCUCAAGGAGAAUAGUUGGGGUAAAAAAACAAGGAUAAUUGAUAUCCACAUAAUAUUUCCAAUUUUUUUUACCCAUAAAGAACAGAUAAAUGCUGCAACGACAGUGUGGAAAUCUUGUUGACUGCACUGCCCUUGGCACAGAGCAACUUACCUGCUUUGACCGAAUCCAGCCCUUUGCAUGAAGGGAGAAAAAACAGGUUAUUCAAACACAGUUUCAGGGAAAAGGCACUGAGGAAUAGUGACAUGUAUAGACCCUUUCAAGAGAGUUCCAUUAUCAGCAUCAUAGUUGGCCCCACAAGACUUCCUUUUUAACAUUCCAUAUGUUAUCUUAAUGCAGAGGAAGUAGAUUGGGGCCCAAAUAGAACGUUCAAGCAUUGUUUUUGUUUUUAUUGUUGAAAGGGUCUAUUAACAAUUCUGUUUUGUAACCUGCAGCGUAGCGUGUGGUCUGCAUCCCUGUCAUUGUUGCCAACACAUCUCCCUCGCUCACAGGACAUUCUUGAAUUUCCCCUGGGGAUCAAAAGUAUCUAUCUAUCUCUAUCUAGAACAUGAGCAGCUUUCUUGGCCAUUGGCCUUUUGCGGUUUUCUAUGUAGAUUGUCAUCAGUUGUAGACUAAAAGGAUCUCAAUCAUCAGUAUGCUUUCCUUCACCUUUUGGCACUGCAGAUUGUAUUUACUAUUUGUCUCAGAAUUUGUCACUUCUGUGCACUUGCCUCCUAAGUGCAGUCCCCUACCUCUAUCCUGAAGGAGAAAGCCACGCUUUGAAGACAAACUACACCAGCACUUAAAAACCCACUCGAAACUGGAACUUGUAUUUUAAUUGUACGCACUUAAUCUAAUCUAUUUGGGAGACUUUUGACCUUGCGUGUACUUGUGUGUUCAAAUCUAUCCCCAAGUGACUUAACCCACCCCCCCCAACGCCAACCCCCUCUUUCCCCUGUUCCUUCUCUGGCGUUAGGACAUGCAGCUUCUCACAAACAAGGCCACUAGUGUUACAUUUGUGAGCAGGAGUCAGUGGAGUUAGUUAGUUAAUAAGUAAUCUACAGUAGGUCCACAGUAUCAGGCUGUAUUAGAGUCGUCUCAAGGAUAUCAAGCUGUUUCGUUAUGUUUUCCCCUCACAUAACAUGGGAAUUAUUUGAUCUCACUCACACUCCCUUAAAACCUCAGAAAGAAAUAUCUCAGGUAUUAUGAUGCAUGGUCUUGUCAUGUAACAAGAUCUAGAAUAUGUCAGGUUCUAUCACCAAUUUUAUAAUAAUUUCUCCUUUCUUGGAUAAAUGUGAGGGUCUAAAAUUAUGUUUUUGUUUUUACUCUUUUUAAGCCAUACUUAAUUGACCUCUGACUAUUCUGAAAUCAAAUCUAUUCUACAGAGAAUUCUACUGCACAGCAUGAACACAAUGUUGGAAUGAAAAGGCCAUGCACAUGGUGCCUUAUUUUGCUGGAUGGAUGUAUUUGCCAAAUGAGAUGAGGUUGUUGGCUGUGCAUUCUCAGCUAGCAGGGUCCUCAUCAGCAAGAAAUGAUUGCUAGGGUCAUGAUGCAGUUGCUUUUCUGGAAACGACUAUUUUUCCAUUUCUGUUCAUUCCUCAGUAUGCAGGAUGGCAUGCUGAUCUCUACAGCCCAUGAAUGACUAAAACCAUGUUCUUAUACACAGGAUUCCUGGUGUACCUUGUGUGGCCCCAUGUUUUGAAUAGCAGACCUUCUGUGCUAUAGAAUAUGAGAAAAUUAUAACAAUUAUAGAACAUUUUUAAUUUUAAAAGAGAAAGUAUGGGUAUCAGCACUUACACACUCUGUUGGUUUUCUACUGUUAGACAUAAUAUUGCCCUCCUGUAACCUUGUUUCCACCAGUCUAUGGAGUCUUCACUUUUGUUUUGUUUUGUGUAUGUUCUUGUGGCCUGUGUACCACUGAUGCGGGUGAUGUACUAAAGGCUUCCAUCAAUUUCUAAUGCCUCCUGCGGGAGUGGUUAUAAUGUGUGUACUGCAAGCUCACAACAUACCGAACAUGGUGCAUAAUGACUGAUUUUAGACCUUCUCAUUCUGUGGAUUUUCUGUGUAUACUUUUUUCUUCCUUUGUCCCCUUGUGGGUGUUGUACUAUUGAUUUCCCAAGAUGGAUUGAAAUUAUAAUCAACAUUGUUUGGUUUGUUUUAGUGGAUAGGUUUGUUUGUUUGUUUAUUUGUUUGUUUGUUUUCCUUAUCAAAUCGGACCAGUCAGUGGACCUAUCCUUUGUAACACUGAAGGUUUGAACGUAGCAGCCUAACUGAACCAAGCUAAUGUGUUGUACAGUGUUUUGAUGCUAAAGUAGUGAUGCUUGACAGUAUUGGCACUUAAAAAGGUUUAUUUAUCCAACUAAAAGGUGACCUAAAAAUAAUUAUUUUUAACCCCAGCGGAUAUCUUCUGUGAAAUAUCACUUACGUAUAGUCCUAAACCACAGUGGUUUUAAAUGGUAAGUCUUAGUUCAAGGUGCAGUUUCAUAGAGAUAGAGAUUAACUCUACUCUGGGAAAAGGUAAUGUUAUAUAAUUGUAUCAUUAUUAUCUGAAAAGAUAUUUUAAUACAUCCCACUUUGAUAAAAAAAAUAAGUAAGUCUAUGCACAAAGUACUUUAUACUGCUGCACAGGUGGGCUCUUAAAAAGUUAAAAUCCCAACAGACUUUUACAAGUCAAGCUCAGCAAAUGUCUAUUUUCUCUCCUAAUUUACAUUUCUAUGCUAGUGAUAUAGUAUGAGCGAGAUAUGCUAUAUUUUACUUACUAUAGUUUUGAUAAUAUUCAAAUGACUAAUAGCCAUCCAAUUUUGCAUUGUACUCCUCGAGAAAUGCUAGCAUAAAGGUUAGAACAGAGACAAGUAGAUGUGGUCCAUAGGAGUUAUAAAUGGUUGCCUUUUCCUCUUGUGUAUAUGGUACUGAUAUAUCCCAUUGCUUUGGAAGUCAUCAGCUCUUGCAAAUGUAUUUUGUCAAAUAAAGAACAAUUAUUUUCCUGUUGUUUAACUCAAAUGUUUAAAUGCCAAAUGUUUACAAGCUUAAUGUUAAUUGGAGUGUUCCUUGUACUGUAAAUAGAGGUUGAGUGGUAAAUCUGUUGGAAUCAAAACAGGAAAUACAUUAAAUAUGGUGUUUGUCAACUG